ACAGGCAGCGUGAGAGGACGCUUCGAAAACAUUGGGAUGUGAACAAGAAAACCAUUCGUUUUCUGCUGCUUUAAGCUCCAGAAAAUAAGAAGCAAUCAGAUCACUCUGUGUUCCUUCACUUAGCUCAAUGAAAGGCUGAUCUGUUAAAGAAAGAGACGUUAAUUUCAAGUCAUGGGAUCUAAUCAUUCUAAAGAUUUUUCUAAGGAGGAGCUGAAGAGGCAGGUGAAAAAAACGGGGAAACCAGCUCCCAGAGAUGAUGGGCUAAUAUCCGCAGAUAGGAUAAGGAAACAGACGAUAACCCAUUUUGGAUACAAUACUUUAUGCUUCACCAUGAAAGGAAUGGCAGAACUUCCUGAACCCUUGUGGCUGCUGACAGAACUUGAAAAGCUUAACCUUUCGCUAAACUCUCUCACCACAAUCUCACCCUCGGUCAAGGAACUUGAAAAUCUCGUGAUCUUGAACCUGGGGGGAAACCAGCUGACCAUCCUGCCUGUAGAGAUUGGCUUGCUGAAGAAUCUCAGGGUGCUGUUUGCUUAUAAGAACCUCUUGACAGAUGUACCUGAAGAACUGAGUGCCUGUGAAAACCUAGAGGUCCUCAGCCUGGCCAACAAUCGCAUCUCCACUCUUCCAAAUAGCUUUUCUGACAUGGUCUGCCUCAAGAAGCUCAACCUCAGUCAUAAUCAAAUAGUUCACAUUCCCACCUGCAUUUAUAGCAUGAAAAGUCUCGUCUUCUUGCACCUUGCCGGCAACCGUCUGGAAAACAUUGCUGAUAAGAUUGAGCAGCUGGUUAACCUCAAAAUUUUAAUUGUCGAGGACAAUGCCAUUCACACUUUGCCUAAAGCUCUAUGUUCCCUCACCUGCCUGGAACUCCUCAAUGUCGAUUUUAAUGACAUUCAGAAUGUGCCUACUGAACUUUAUCUGCUAAGAAGGUUGAAGAGACUUGCUUGUCAUCCUUUGGACAAAGGGCUUCAUAUUAUUCACAAUCCCCUACUCAAGCCUUUGCUCGAGGUUUUAAAUGGGGGUUUAAAUGCUCUCUUUAAUUAUCUUAAAUCAAUGUAAUGAACUGUGCCAGGUGAGGAUUUUAUUAUAUUUUAGACCUGCAACCCUGUAUAUAUCACUUAAUACUGACAUCAGUAUUAAUCAAUUUAUAAUACCAAAUGUCUAUUGUGAGUAGAAUGUUUUUAUUUGGUUAAAUAUUUUUUAUGAAACUCAACAAACAUGCCUGAAUAAUAAAUGUGACAUUAUUUAUACUUUGAUUGUUGAUGAAAGUGUAUACACUGUAUGUGGGUUUUAAAGUAAGUGGGUCAGAUUGUACUUGUCACUCUAUCUUGCAGUAUAAUUUAACAUGUUAGCUUCAGAAAAACAGACACUGUGAAAAUAGCAGAGUAUAUGUGUAUAAUAUGGGAUACAUUUUGAAAAAAAUUUCUUCUAAUUAUACUGAAAUUCAAAAA